AUGAAGAAUAGCACAGAGGUGACACAGUUCAUUCUCCUAGGACUAACUGAUGACCCAGAACUGCAGGUUCCCCUCUUUACAACCUUCAUUCUCGUCUACCUCAUCACUCUGAUUGGGAAUUUGGGGAUUAUUAUGUUGAUUCUACUGGACUCUCAUCUCCACACCCCCAUGUACUUUUUCCUCAGCAACUUGUCUCUGGUGGAUAUUUGUUACUCUUCAGCUGUCACUCCCAUAGUCAUGGCUGGGUUCAUUCCAGGAGACAAGGUCAUUUCCUACAGUGCAUGUGCUGCUCAGAUGUUCUUUUUUGCAGCCUUUGCCACUGUAGAAAAUUACCUUUUGGCCUCAAUGGCCUAUGACCGCUAUGUGGCAGUGUGCAAACCCUUACACUAUACCACCACCAUGACAACGGGUGUGUGUGUCUGUCUGGCCACAGGCUCCUAUGUCUGUGGUUUCCUUAAUGCCUCCAUCCAUAUUGGAGACACUUUCACUCUCUCUUUCUGUAGGUCCAACAUGGUCCAUCACUUUUUCUGUGAUGUUCCAGCAGUCAUGGUUCUCUCUUGCUCUGAUAGACAUGUGAGUGAACUGGUUCUUGUUUAUGUAGUGAGCUUCAACAUCUUUUUUGCUCUCCUGAUUAUCUUGAUUUCCUACCUGCUCAUAUUUAUCACCAUCCUGAAGAUGCCCUCUUCUGCAGGAUACCAGAAGGCUUUAUCCACCUGUGCCUCCCAUUUCACUGCUGUCUCCAUCUUCUAUGGAACGAUUAUCUUCAUGUACUUACAGCCCAGCUCCAGUCAUUCCAUGGACACAGACAAAAUUGCCUCUGUGUUCUAUGCUAUGAUCAUCCCCAUGCUGAACCCUGUGGUCUACAGUUUGAGGAACAAGGAGGUCAAGAGUGCCUUUAUGAAGGUAGUUUUGGAGGCAAAAUUGUCUUUAGGAUUAUGA